UCAUGCUGCUGCCAGGUCCAGAGUCUCUCAUGGGUCCCUGUACGGCCUCCCAUUGCUGCUGUCUCCAUCGCCACACUCUGCCAUGUGCCACUUUCAGGUCUCCUCACACACUGCUGGGUUCCAUUUUGUCAUAGGGUGCUGGCAGAUUACGGGCCUCCCAUUGCUGCUGCCAGGCCUUAAUCUGCCAUGGGCCCCUGUACCGCCUCCUCCUCAUGCUGCUGCCAGGUCCACAGUGUCUCAUGGGUCCCUGAACCGCCUCCCAUUGCUGCUGUCUCCAUCGCCACACUCUGCCAUGUGCCACUUUCAGGUCUCCUCACACUGCUGGUGUGUUACAUUUUUUGUC